UUUCUUCUGACACAUGUGCUUCACCUAACCAAUCUCCAAGAUCAUAAUAAGGGCGUUUUAGUGCACAACUAUUAACGCAAGAGACCAAGGAAAAAAAAAACAGAUACUUCAUUUUGAGUUCUUGAAUACUUGUUUUAUCUUGUUUUCGUUUUUUACAAUUUGGGAAAGGAAAUGGAGCCAACGUUCCAUGCUUUUAUGUUUCCCUGGUUUGCUUUUGGUCAUAUGAUUCCUUUUCUACAUCUUGCAAACAAACUAGCUGAGAAAGGUCAUCAAAUCACUUUCUUGCUACCUAAGAAAGCCCAAAAACAGUUGGAACAUCACAAUCUGUUCCCAGACAGUAUUGUCUUUCACCCUCUCACAAUCCCUCAUGUCAAUGGCCUCCCUGCUGGUGCUGAGACAACCUCGGAUAUCUCAAUCUCGAUGGACAACUUACUGUCGGAAGCCUUGGAUCUCACUCGCGAUCAGGUUGAAGCUGCGGUUCGUGCUCUGAGACCGGACUUGAUCUUUUUUGAUUUUGCUCAUUGGAUUCCAGAAAUUGCCAAAGAGCAUAUGAUCAAGAGUGUGAGUUACAUGAUAGUAUCUGCAACAACAAUAGCUUAUACAUUUGCCCCUGGUGGUGUAUUAGGUGUUCCCCCACCAGGUUAUCCUUCAUCAAAGGUGUUGUACCGUGAAAACGAUGCUCAUGCCUUAGCAACCUUAUCUAUCUUCUACAAGAGACUUUAUCAUCAGAUCACUACAGGUUUUAAGAGCUGUGACAUCAUUGCAUUGAGGACAUGUAAUGAAAUCGAAGGUAAAUUCUGCGACUAUAUAUCAAGUCAAUACCAUAAGAAGGUUCUCUUGACUGGUCCAAUGCUCCCUGAGCAAGACACAAGUAAACCACUAGAAGAACAGUUGAGUCAUUUUCUGAGCAGGUUCCCACCGAGGUCAGUGGUGUUUUGUGCACUUGGUAGCCAGAUCGUUCUUGAAAAGGAUCAAUUCCAAGAACUCUGCUUAGGGAUGGAGCUGACAGGUUUACCGUUUCUUAUAGCGGUAAAGCCACCGAGAGGAUCAUCGACGGUCGAAGAAGGGUUACCAGAAGGGUUCCAGGAGCGGGUGAAAGGGCGUGGUGUGGUUUGGGGAGGAUGGGUGCAACAACCAUUGAUAUUGGAUCAUCCGUCAAUAGGCUGCUUUGUGAACCAUUGUGGUCCGGGAACAAUAUGGGAGUGUCUUAUGACUGAUUGUCAAAUGGUUUUGCUUCCAUUUUUAGGUGAUCAAGUUCUCUUCACAAGAUUGAUGACCGAGGAAUUCAAGGUGUCUGUAGAAGUGUCGAGAGAAAAAACAGGAUGGUUUUCAAAGGAGAGCUUGAGCGAUGCGAUCAAGUCUGUGAUGGAUAAAGAUAGCGACCUCGGAAAGCUAGUGAGGAGUAACCACGCCAAAUUGAAGGAGACUCUUGGUAGUCAUGGAUUAUUAACUGGUUACGUGGAUAAAUUUGUAGAGGAAUUGCAAGAGUAUUUGAUUUGACCAAUGUUGUUGAUUCUCACUUAUUUUGGUAAUUAAUUCUGAAAUUAUUUGUUUUGUAUGAUUGGAGACAAAUAAAUUGCAAGAGUUCUCAUAAGUCCGGCUAAAUUUCCAAUGACUUUGAACACUAUAAAAAGUGCAUUUCUAUG